GCCAUGCACUGAGUGUGGAGCAAAUGGUUUGUGUGGCCUUGCGCUUUUUGCUAGUGGAGCCUUCCUGUACUCAGUGGGGGAUGCAGAACAGCUGAACAAGGCCACAAUUUGCCGCACAAUAAGGAGUGUGUGUCUGGCUAUCAAAGCAUUAGCAGAUGUCUUCAUCUCCUUCCCUGGCCACAGAAGACUCUGUGACAUCAAAGAGGAGUUCUAUAGGAUUGCAGGUUUCCCCAAUGUCAUUGGUGCAGUGGACUGCACACACAUAAGGAUAAAAGCCCCCUCAGGUGCCCAUGAGGCCGAUUUUGUGAAUAGGAAAUCCUUUCACAGCAUUAAUGUUCAGAUGGUCUGCAAUGCUGACUGUGUGAUCAGCAAUGUUGUGGCAAAAUGGCCUGGCUCAGUCCAUGACUCCAGAAUCUUUCGGGCCUCUGAAAUCUAUCAGUGCCUAUCACAAGGUGAAUUCUCUGGUGUGUUGCUGGGAGACAGGGGGUAUGGCUGCCAGCCUUUUCUCCUGACACCUUUCACAGACCCCCAGGAAGCACAGCAGGCCUACAACCAUGCCCAUGCCAGGACCAGGGCCAGAGUUGAAAUGACCUUUGGCCUCCUGAAGGCACGCUUUCACUGCCUUCACAAAUUAAGGGUCAGCCCUGUUAGGGCAUGUGAUAUUACUGUGGCUUGUGCUGUCCUCCACAAUGUGGCCUGCCUGAGGAAGGAGAGGGCCCCCAGAGUGCCACUAGCCAUGGACUGGGACAAUCCGGCAAUCUUCCCUGAUGACGACAGUGGUCGGCUGCUGAGGGACCAAUAUGUGUUGAAUUAUUUUAGUUAGUAUGUGUGCUUUCAAUUUUGGUUAAAUAUGUCCUGCGGUGGCAGAGGAAUUUGGG